AUGCAUGUAAAGUCAUAUACCUUUUUCUUUGCUUCCCAAGGUGACAAAGUGAGCCUCGCCGAUCUGGCUUUCUUCCCCUUCCUCAGUUCUUGGGAUUUCAUGAUGAAUAGAUGUUUAAAGUUGGAGGAGGGGUCUUAUGAACGUGUCGAGGAUUUCGCCUCCCAGUGGCCUAACGUGCUGGAAUACCGCCAACUAAUGAUCUCAAAACCGUACAUAAGGAAGACCUCCAUUGAAGACGAAGACGUCGCUAAAUUCGUGGACAGUUUCUGCUUGGAAAUGCCUGCUGUCAUUUCUUAG